AUGCUUCCUAUACAUAUCAACAGAUAUAGUAAUGCUCUUCAAAAGACAAACGAUGAGCAAUACCGUAGAAUUCAAAAAACUGAGCAUGCUCUUCAGGUGGCAGAGGAGGAGCUUCUAAGAGUACAAUUGGAAGCAACAGCUAAGUCAAAGGAAUUAUCACAGGCUCAUGGAGCAUGGUUUCCUCCUUGGCUUGCUACUCACGCCAAUUACUAUAAGGAACUUGCAACAACUCACUGGAAGGAGCAUGGACAACCUGUACUAGAUGUCUUACUUCAAAAGGUAUCAAAGAAAUCGAUUCAAGCACAACAAUUUAUGGAAUCACAUUUUGAAUCUUCCAAAGCUAAAUGGAUGUUUCUUGUGUCAAGCACUGAACCUUAUGUGCAAACUGUGUCAAGUAAAGCAGUGGAAGUUUAUCACACAUCUAAGAGUGCCAUGUCCAGCCACAUAGCCAAAGUACAAGAAAUUUCAGAUCCUUAUUUCCAGGCUGCCAAGAGAUUUUCUCAACCAUAUGUAAAACAAUUUGCUACUAUUACCAAACCACAUGUUGAAAAGGUGCGAGUUACUUUUAGUCCCUAUAGUGACUGUGUGAUUCAUGCUUAUGGAAAAUUUCUCGAAUUAGCCACAACUUAUCACCAGCAGUAUUUCACCUGCCGUUUCUCUCCUCGUGUCUUCUCCUGCCGCACUGGCCCUUUCGCUCUUGGCGCUCGAGUUGGACGGAUCUCUGCUCUAACUCACACCCUUCGGAUCUUAGGCGAGUUCUCCGUUCUUUCGUUGCUUCUCUAUUUUCAUUUAUCUCGCAGGUUCUUGUUCACGAUGUUACUAGAUCUCGUUUAUGCCAUUUAA